AUGACGUAUAACCAGAACACCACCAUCAUCAAGUUCCAGGGUCAGGACUUUCACUCUCUGCUGGACCAAUGUCUUAACAGAGGGCAGCUCUUUGAAGAUGAGUUCUUCCCACCAACACUGGCCUCCAUAGGCCCUCAGAUGCUGAAGAGAGAGAACCUCUCCAACCUGGAGUGGAAGCGUCCACAUGACUUAUCCAAUGGAGCCCCCUACUUCAUUCUGGAAGAUGUGAGCAGAUUUGACAUCCAGCAAGGAAUGGCAGGAGAUUGCUGGUUCCUGGCAGCCCUGGGAUCCUUGACACAGAACCCACAGCAUCUGCAGAAGAUCCUGAUGAAGCAAAGCUUUUCCCAUCAGUAUGCAGGGAUUUUCCGUUUCCGGUUCUGGCAGUGUGGCCAGUGGGUGGAGGUGGUGGUGGACGACCGCCUGCCAAUCCUAGACAGGAAGUACCUCUUCGUGAACACUCGCCGAGACAACCAGGAGUUUUGGCCCUGCCUGCUGGAGAAGGCCUACGCCAAACUCCGAGGUUCCUACCACAACCUGCACUAUGGCUACCUUCCUGAUGCUCUGGUGGACCUGACAGGAGGAGUGGUCACCAGCAUUGAUGUCACCUCCUCAUCCACAGACAUGCUGCUCCUGAUCCAAGCGGCUGCCCAGGCCGGCUCCCUCAUCACUUGUGCUACACCUGCAGGGCCCACAGGGGUGGCCACAGAGCUGGAGAAUGGCCUGGUGACUCAACACGCCUAUACCGUGACUGGAGCUGAGCAGGUUCAAGCCAGGUGGGGCUGGGAGGACCUGAUCCGCCUGUGGAACCCUUGGGGCAAAACCGAGUGGCAAGGCCCCUGGAAGGAUGGGUCUCUGGAAUGGCUGGAGUGUCGAGACCCACGGAAAGACCAGCUGUACCAGGACAAAGAAGACGGAGAGUUUUGGAUGUCAUGCCGAGAUUUUCUAGACCACUUCUCCUGCCUGUACAUCUGCAACAAAGUGCCCAUCAGCAUAGACCAGAGCAACCUGAUCUGUGCGAGAUGGUCCCAGCUGAUAUUCCAGGACUGGGUGGUUCCAGGAAACCCUGCAGAUGGACUUUGGAGGGCCACUCAGCUCAUCUUCUCUGUGACGGACAGCAUGCCAGGUGAAAACACGGUGGUGUCCUUCACCAUCAUGUCCCAGUACAUAAACAUAGAAGAUGACAGAUUUCCAUUGAACUUCGAUGUGUUCAAGGUGGACCCCCAGUUCCAGCAUUUCGGGGACAAACUGCCACGGACCUUCUUCUCCCAGUACAGAAAUGUAGUCAAGGGCAUCGUUUCCAAGACCAAGUGCAACCUCACCAAAAGCUUUCACCUCAACCCCGGCACCUAUGUGGUGGCCGCCUCAGCACGCUGGAAGAAGAUGGAGUUUUUGGCUCGAAUCUUCCUCAAAAUGCCAGUUAGCGACAGGAACUUGGAUGCCAAUUUCAAACUCAGACCCAUGAAGGUAAGAAAGACAAGUAUUUCUCAGAACAACCCAAAUGCUGGAUGGACUAGGAUGAUUCCCGGGAGAAGACCAAAACAGGAAGGCCGGGCUAUACCCACCAUAGUCCUUCCCCAACCCUCCAACUCUCUUAAAGUCUUCCAAAGAAGACUAAAGGCCAUUUGGAUCAAGUUCACUCAGGGCCAUUGCAGUUCCCACCAAAAGGCCACAUCCACUCAGAACAUCUGGCUAUCAGCAGCUGAAUCUACCCUUGACCCCAUGAUUUCCUGGGCCAGUCUUCCAAAAGAAGACUUCCAGCAAAACUUAUUCUACAAAUACUCCCCAAAGCUUGGCAGCUUUCCCCAGGAGUUGGCACCUUCGCAGCACGCCGUGGGCGGCCAGGCUGGGCCUCCCGGCCAUGGCGGAGCAGGGCCUGGGAGUGAUACAGUUGAUCAAACUCGGCGGGCAGAAGCCAAGGACAGGAAGGAUGCCAACAUCGAAGAGCUGAUGGGCUGCCAGUCGCCAGCACUCGGCCCAGAGGGAGCUGCGCCCGGAUCAACGGGAGAACUGGACCCCGAGGAAUUUUCCAAUCUGUGGAGCCGGCUGGUUCAUUGCCAGAGCGUUUUCCAGAAUAUUCAGAGGAACUCUGGUGUUUUCCUGAGUAAAGACUUGUGGAAGGCCAUAAAUGUUACAGAAUUUCUUGCAGGCAUCUCUGUACACAGUGAAUUGCUGGAUCUCAUGGUCUUCCGCUAUGGCGACAGUGAUGGCACCGUCUCCUUCCCCAGCUUGGUCUGCUUCCUGAUGCGGCUCGAGGCCAUGUCCAAGGCCUUCCAGAACCUUUCCAAGGAUGGAAAAGGAAUUUACCUGAAAGAGAUGGAGUGGAUGAACCUGGUUAUGUACAGCUGA